GUCACUGAUCUCACGGAUUACAAUCAUGAAGCAACUAUUUAUUUCCACAUUUUUCCUUAGUAUUGGUUUUGAUUUAAAUUCUAUCAUUCUUAUUCAAACUGCAAAUACGGAUUUAGUAAAACAAGAUUUAGCUCAAGUCGACCGGGAUGUAGUUGACAAAGAUUUAGUUCCGAUCGCUCCCGUAGGUGACAUCCCUGAAAGAGAAUUAACUCCGAUUGCUCCAGCCCCUCCAAUUGACGAUACAUUAGUACGACCAACUGAAUCCUGGGGAACUUGGGGUACAUGGUCUUCAUGUACAAGCACUUGCGGCAGUGGCUCACGAACAGCUACUAGAACAUGCCUAACUUCAACAUGCUCCCAAGGAUCAUCAAAACGAUCUGAAACCUGCAACGCGAACUCAUGUCCAGUAAAUGGUGGAUGGUCUGCUUGGAGUGAUUGGGGAAGCUGUAGUGUCACAUGUGGAGCUGGGACUAGAGGAAGAACAAGACAAUGUAAUAAUCCUAGUCCUUCAGAAGGGGGUUCUGAAUGUUCUGGUUCAGGGGGGGAUUCCGAAGAGUGUACUUUGAGAGCCUGUCCCAUAAAUGGUGGAUGGUCUGCUUGGAGUAACUGGGGAAGUUGCAGUGUCACAUGUGGAGCUGGGACAAGAGGAAGAACAAGACAAUGUAAUAAUCCUAGUCCUUCAGAAGGGGGUUCUGAAUGUUCUGGUUCAGGGGGGGAUUCCGAAGAGUGUACUUUGAGAGCCUGUCCCAUAAAUGGUGGAUGGUCUGCUUGGAGUAACUGGGGAAGUUGCAGUGUCACAUGUGGAGCUGGGACAAGAGGAAGAACAAGACAAUGUAAUAAUCCUAGUCCUUCAGAAGGGGGUUCUGAAUGUUCCGGUUCAGGCGGGGAUUCUGAAGAGUGUACUUUGAGAGCCUGUCCCAUAAAUGGUGGAUGGUCUGCUUGGAGUAACUGGGGAAGUUGUAGUGUAACAUGUGGAACUGGGACAAGAGGAAGAACAAGACAAUGUAAUAAUCCUAGUCCUUCAGAAGGGGGUUCUGAAUGUUCCGGUUCAGGUGGGAACUCUGAAGAGUGUACUUUAAGUGCCUGUCCCAUAAAUGGUGGAUGGUCUGCUUGGAGUAACUGGGGAAGUUGCAGUGUCACAUGUGGAGCUGGGACUAGAGGAAGAACAAGACAAUGUAAUAAUCCUAGUCCUUCAGAAGGGGGUUCUGAAUGUUCCGGUUCAGGCGGGGAUUCUGAAGAGUGUACUAUGAGUGCCUGUCCCACAAGUGGGGGAUGGUCUGCGUGGGGUGUUUGGGAAAGUUGUAGUGCAACAUGUGGAAGUGGGAUAAAAAUCUCCAGAAGAGUCUGCACAAAUUCUGGAGACCCUUGUGAAGGUGACGGGAUACGAUAUGAAAAUUGCCUAUUAAGAAACUGUGGUAAGUUGUAUUUAGUGGCUUAAUAUUUGAAAAAUAAGAAUCAUUCUUAAAAUGGAAGUCUCAUUGUAAUUAAAAGUAACAGUCACAAGCACUUAUAUAAAACUGUAUACAACACAUUCUAACAACUUAUAAUUCUUAACAAUUCAUUCAAUACUCGUAAGUUGUUUGGCUUUUUUAGAAAAGCAACUAUAUAGGUUAGAAAAACACUGUGUCAUGCUGCUUGAACAGUUCAAGUAAAUAACUAUGUUUUACAACUUUCCUCCAUUUACAAUGCUAAACAGAGAUGAUCGACAUAUUCUUUAUUUUUGAAGAGAUCAAUACUAAGAGUGGUUCAACGAUCGAGUGGAAAAUUUUUAGUUUCGCUACUGCAAGAUAAUAUGAUUAUGAGAAAAGAAAACUAUAGAAAUUAUUGAAAGGCAGAGAUGAAGUGAAAUGAAAGGAUAAUCUAUUUGGAUAAAGAUAUUUUUAAUGAAAAGUUUUUAAAAGCUUUGCAAUUGUUUUCUUAAAAAAGAUAUCAUAAUUGAUAAAAUUCUGUCUAUAAUUUCAAUACUUAGAUAUUUGGCUAAGUAGUUGGUACAAGGCGAUCGAACUUAUGUACAAGGAACUAAUAGUUUAUAUCAUUAUGAAAAUAUUUCAAUAUAUCUAUUUUAUAGCAUUUGUUUGAAAAGUGUGAUUUCUUCACACACUUUUCAUUUGAGAUUUAAUUAACCUUUGAACUUAUACUGCAAAAUUUUAUCCUGCAUUGUACACAUUUGCGUAUGUCAUCUCCGCUGACAUUGAAGGCGACAUAAAUAUUGAUGGAAGUGUCUGUUUUUCAUAAAUAGCUAAUGGAAGUACUUGAAGAGCUCUGGAUAAAUUGAACUCAGAUAUACUAUACAUUAUCAAUAAACGCAUUUCACGCCAUGUGCUUAUGUUUUAUAUUAUUUGUGUAUAAAUCUAAGAGAUUAACUACUGAACCCAUAUAAUAAGAACAAUACAAUAAAUUCAAUAAAACAUUGAAUGAACAGUUCGAAGAUAUGCCAUAAACGAUUCAUACUUUCUUAAAGUAAACAUUCUGUUGAGUGCUAACUAUUCAUGAUUUAUUGCGUUUUACUAUAUAGUUCAUUGAGAAUCAUUUGAAUAUGAAAAGACGAAACUGGUAGAUCAUUUUCUUUGCGAUAAACUGGGCAUUGUUUUGUUUCAUCUGGACAUACGGACCUGAAUAUCUAAUCAUUGAUUUAUAUAUCAAUUCGAUGUUUCUGCCGACAACUAUAACUUGUUUUUCAUUUUCAAGAGCUACAAUUGAAGUUGGGAAAGGACCUUAGUAUCUCAUAGACUAGUUUGAAAGCUCCUACAGCUUGUCUAUCAAAUAUUUCUGUUUGAUGGUGUGAAUGAAUGCUAUUUGUGUUAAAGUUCUAUAAAAGACCUAAAGCUUACUAAAUACUACAUAACUUUUCCACAGGUGAAUCAAAGUCAAAUAAAUCCAUUGCAGCCGACAUAAAACGUUACGUAAUUCUAGAUUAGGCCUAUAUCCGAAAAAAUGACUUUAGGUCCUUCGAAAACUUGGAAAACGACUUCUCUCAGCAUUACGUCAAUGUUGAAGCCAACUUUUGAGAAUAUUAAAAUAAAUCUGAUUGGUUAUUCAAAUCCCUACUCCAUCGUUCAAUCAGAUUCUUUUGAGAGCAAGCCUAUUUUGCAGGGUUGUGAGUAUUGGCUUCUCCUUGAUACAACACAACUAUAACUAUGGAAUGAUAAAGAAAUGUGGGAGCGUUCUGAUUACAAUUACUUUCGGACAUGGUAUUCUGUUCGGCAGACGACCAAUCAUUAAUUCUGGUUGCUUCCCAAGCUGACAUGGUUAAACCCCAUGGUCUUUUGGUCAUUUGAUAAAUAAGUUUAGCAUAGAGCCAACAAAUGGUCGAGAAGGUUUCGAUGUUGGCUGAAGCGACACAAAUAAUAAUUACAGCCCUUUUCUAAUAAAAGCAAUUAUUCUGUUUACAUCUUGUACGUCUAACUCUUUUUUUAUGUAUUGAACAGUAUCAAAUUGCUUCUUGUUGGAAAACCUUCUAGCCACAUCAAUAGUCCUAAUUUUCUUGGAAAUUUUACACUUGAACUAAUUCCUUGCCAGGAUCGAUGAUCUUAAGAAAAUAAGCAAACAGAUCACUUCCAAUCCAACAUCGCUGAAAACUAUAUUAUGUAGUUGGCUAACAUUCUUGCUCUUUCUCCUGCUUCUCUGUCCAUUAUCAUUUCUUUCCAUUCAGUUUCAUCGUUCUGUUCUCUAUUCCUCUCCUCCACUUUCUCUAUCAUUGUCUUUAACAUAACAGUUUUUUUAUAUCAUUUCUUAAAUAAAUAUCUUAUCACUUGUGAAAGUGCAGUUGUUUAUUAAAAUGUUACUUUAAAAAUUAGGAUAUUCGUACAUUAUGUUGGUACUUUAUCUGUUCAAUUGUACAAACUCUUGUAUUUAUAAUAAACCGUGUGAUAUAAUACAAUAACAUUCAACUUUAACCUUUACAAAAUGGCCUGUUUGAGUUUGUUGCUACUACAACUGCUUGACUCUGUAAAGUAAGCGCAAGCUCGACCAUGGCUGCAAGCGAUUCUUAAACCAUUUUUCAUUUUCAGGAAGCAACCUAAGUAUAGAUAUUUAAGCAUUAUAUUGUAUAUUUAAAUAUUUAAUUGGAAAUAAACCUGGUUGAAAACCACCAUUGUUGGGAUAAAAAUCAGCAUGACCAAGUGCUUUUAGGGUUCCAAAAUCUAUAAUUCCUCCAUCUUUACCAGCGGUGUGAAUUAUGUCAACGAAAUUGCCUCUUGUAGGAUUUAAACCUGCUUCAAUGUCGUAAUUCUCGAAAAGUGGUCCGGCAGGAUCUAAUCCGGUAAUUCUUGCAAAUUUCUGCUUUUUACCAGCAUGACCGCAAGUAUGUGCACCUAAACUGUGUCCAACACACCACAUUCUUGAGAGAGAGGAUCCGCCAUUGAUAAUCAAAUUUUCGGCAGUUACUCCAAUUUCGGCACCAACAACUCUGGUGUUAGAAGCAGCCCAUGGGUAAUCUAUAGUUUCUGCUCCUCCACCCCAUCCAGUAACAAUUACGUUAACAUCUUCCCUAAUCAAGAAAGCAUUUUUCAUUUCAAUUAUCCAAUCUACAUUCUCAUUAUUAUUGAAGCCGUGAACGAGGAAAACAGUUCUCUUCACUCCUCUAUACAAUGACCUAAAGAUGGCAGACAAAUACAGUAUGUUAAAGUUUAUUCUUAGAGUAUAAGUUGCCAAGAGGAUAGAAAACUUACGGAAUGCCGUUUCUAUAAACCCUUUGUGGGCUAUUUCUAUUAGAUCUUGUAUACAAAUUAAAUAUGGGUGAAAUAACAUCAGGGCAACUAGGUAAAGGAAGGUGAUCAAAAGGACGGUUGUCGCUAAAACAUCCUAAUCCUGAGCAGCAUAUUUCUGCAGACCUAAGGACCAAAAAUCAGAAAAACAAUCCCACUAGCUCGUUAGGAAAAAUUCAACUACUUACUCAGAAUAACCAAUGAAAAGUACAGAGAAAAGGUAUCUUCUUUAUAAAGAAGCAGAAGCGGUGAGAAUAACAAUAUGUUAAACGUGAAAGUAUAAAGAUAAAUGACUAAAUAAAAGAGGGUUAAAUGAAAUAUUUUGAUAUUUUUAUAAUAAGGUUAACAACAAAAUUAUCUAAAAAGAAU